AUGAUUAACUCGUUCAAGAAAAGCUUGUUCGUGACCGCCGUGGCAGUGGCACUGGCCGUGAGUGUGGAGGGAUACACUGGCGCGGCCGUGGCGACCCAGUCCACGUAUGAGGUGAAGCGCAUGCUGCGACUCCAAGUAGAGGAAGUUGCAGAAGAGGAAAUGGCCGACGACUCGGAGUGCGGCUCGCUAGAAAUGGCUGAGGACGACUCCGAAUGUGGCUCGCUCGAAAUGGCCGAGGACGAUUCGGAGUGCGGAUCUCUCGAGAUGGCAGAGCCUGACAAUGGCGGCGACAUUGGAGGCGACACGGGCGGUGAUAAGGGCGGUGAUACCGGAGGCAACACCUGGACACAAGCCCCCAGCACUGACACUGGCGGUGAUAAGGGCGGUGAUACCGGUGGCAACACCUGGACGCAAGCCCCCAGCACAAACACUGGUGGAUCGUCUAACAACCAGUGGAACUCGGGCGGUGGCACGAACAACUGGGGUGGCGGCUCGAACACGGGUGACAACAAGGAGUCCGGCGGAGACAACAAGGAGUCCGGAGGCGAUAACAAGGAGUCCGGGGGAGAUAACGGCGGAGACAACAAGCAGUCUAGUGGCGACAACGGCGGUGGUGACAACGGCGGCGACAACAAGGAGUCGGGCGGAGACAAAAAGGAAUCCGGUGGUGACAACAAAGAAGUCGGCGGUGACAACAAAGAAGUCGGCGGUGACAACAUAGAUUCGGGCGGCGAUAAGGGCGGAGACAACAAGCAGCAAGGUGGCGACAAUGGUGGAGACAACAAAAAGUCUGGUGGAGACAACAAGGAGUCGGGCGGCGACAACGGCGGAGACAAGAAGGAAUCUGGCGGCGAGAACACAGGAGACAGCGUACAGCAAGGAGAAAUUGGCGGCGAAGCGGAGAUCGGUGGCGAAGGUGACUCGGAGUGUGGCUCCUUGGAGAUGGCUGAAGACGACUCGGAGUGUGGCUCCCUCGACAUGGCCGAGGACGACUCGGAGUGUGGUUCGCUUGAAAUGGCCGAGCCUGACAACGGCGGUGACAACGGAGGCAACACUGGCGGUGACAAGGGAGGAGACACUGGCGGCGACAUUGGCGGUGACGAGGGGGGCAACACUGGCGGUGACAACGGAGGUAACACUGAAGGUAGCACGGG